AUGAGCGGGCGAGAUGCGAUCCAUAUAAUCCACAUCCACAUCCGUGCGUAUUCUCUGUGCCACAUCCACAUCCACAUCCACAUCCACAUCCACAUCCACAUCCACAUCCACAUCCACAUCCACAUCCACAUCCACAUCCACAUCCACAUCCACAUCCACAUCCACAUCCACAUCCACAUCCACAUCCACAUCCACAUCCACAUCCACAUCCACAUCCACAUCCACAUCCACAUCCACAUCCACAUCCACAUCCACAUCCACAUCCACAUCCACAUCCACACCCACAUCCACAUCCACACCCAAGUUCACCAGCGCUACUUCUUUGUUGAUACCCGCACCGGUCAGUCCACCUGGAACGACCCCCGUCUCCCAUCACCCAUGAGCCCGGCUCUUCCAUCGCCAGGGUACAUUUCUCCGGCCACGCCGCCUCCACCAUACUAUACCCAGCCUGCAACCGUGGUCCAGACCCCAAUUGUUGUGCAGCCAACGCCGACGGUGAUUUACUCGCCCAACCCUGGUCCUCGAUACUUUGGCGGCCUCGGGGGGUUGGGUGGCUGGGGCGGCACAACCGUCGUUGAAUUCGGUGGACUGGGUCAUCAUCACCACCACGGGUUCCAAGGGCAUCACCAUCAUCACCAUCACUAGUCCAAGCGCUGCUCCAGUUGCACCUCUCUUCCAUCUCCAUCAUCAUUUUCUUCAUUGCUCUCCUCCUAUCGACAGCCUCAACAUCUGAAACGAGGAAGCCCUGUUUCUGGUGGACGACUGCAUUCUCGCUGACUACGAAUACUACAGGUCAUGCUCACCCAGAGUAUCCAAAAGCAUCGCCGUCCAAAUAUAUGGUUUCCCAAAUGUGAA